AAGUUACAUAUAUGAAGAAGGCGACGCUAUGUACAAGCUUGUCAGGCGAAUGCGAUUACUCGAAAAAAGGCGCAGGGAGAAAUAGUAAUGUCGUCCUGUUCCCGAUCGAAGCUCUAGCUCGCCGCGCGGAGCGGAGAAAAGCUCGGCCCGCCCGCUCAAAGAAAGUUCACUCUUGCGCUGCGUCUCUCGCUCACGCAAACGCCAGUUCUCGCCAUAGCAAACGAUCCCACACGACGAGGGAUUGCACACGCUUGACUGAGACGCUGCCGCACUCGCAGCCCGAAGCCCUUGCGCCAGAACGCGCAGCCCACAUCGCACCACCGUCAGCCAAACACACCGACACCGCAACCAUGGACCCCGAAACCAACCUCCCCGAUCUGACCGACGACUUCGAGACCACAAUCGACGACCUCGAAGCCGCCCUCGCACCCGUCCUCGCCUCCCCCCUCCCAACUCUAACCUCCACUCUCCCCACCCUCGACAAAGCCAAACUCCACAUCCUCACGGCCUACACCCUCGAAUCCCUCCUCUUCAGCGCACUUCAAGCCUCGGGCGCAGACGCAAAAGCGCACCGCAUAUUCCCUGAGCUCGCACGCUUGAAGACCUACUUUGGGAAAGUGACUGCAGCGGAGGCCGCUGGCGAGGGCAAGGGCGUGCAAGGACCCAGUACGAAGCUGGACAAGGAUGCCGCGGCGCGGUUCAUCCGGCAUGGGCUGAGUGGCAACGAGAGGUACGACAAGGAGCGCGCGGAGAGGCUGGCCAAGGAGCGGGCGCGGGCGGCGCUGAAGGCCAAACAGAUGGCGGAGAGGGUGAACAAGAAAUUCGACGACGACGUAGAGGACCAGGUACAGGAGGAGCUGGGGAAGAAGAGGAAGAAGGCUGUGGAGAGCGACAGCAGCGACGAUGAAGACGAGGACAUGGAGGAGCCUGCGGAGCCGGCAGAGCUGCAGGCGGGCGGCAGCUCAGAGGACCACGUCGAUAGCGAAAACGCAGAGUUCUACGGCGAGGACGCCGCUCCGACCGACACUCCCAGCAAAAAGGCCAAGAAGGAAAAGAAGGACAAGAAGUCGAGCAAGCGCAGAAGGAGCGGCGUCAAUGUCGCCAGAAAAUCUGCAAAGGACGACAGACCCCAGGAGCUCAUCCUUCCCGAGCGCGGUGAGGAGCCACGGACCCGCAGCGAGACGUUCAACGCGCUUCUGGCCGGCAGCUUCGCGGAGCAGAAGAAGGAGAGAAAGAAGAGCAAAAAGGGAAAGAAGACGUGAGUCUACGGUGGCAGUGAAGCAUUACAAGCAUGUUUUGGAUGUGGUAGUUGAACGUUGAUACCCCGAUAAUGAUUUCAAAAGUUUGGCGCACAGCAUGCACAGCGACAUGAACGCACAUUCGGUCGUCAUUAAGCGUAUGUAUUACCAGCCGGUAGCAGAAUAUAGCAUAACAAGCUGUGCUACUCGCA